GGUUUAUGCAUGGCUUUGACUGCAACACUCUCGUCUCUAAAACCUGUCCUCCUCUACUCAAUGCAACUUUCCCGAAUCUUAAUCCGCCCCUCAAACUUUCUAAACCUUUCAAUUUCACCCCUCCAAGACCCUCGCCAAUUUUUCAAUGCUGAAAGUCCUCUCUUCCACCUUAGUGUCAUGCCGCCACGCCCACGUCUUCGCCACCGUUCCGGCUCUCAGAACCAAGUCACCGUCGCCUUUAUUCGACGCGCUAAGUCAACUCACCGGGCUGACGUCUCGGAGGAGCCGUACGGUGACUAACAGAUGGUUUUUCUGCUCCGAUUCUUCUGGAGACAGCGGUGAAGAUGGGUCCCGGGUCGAGGUUGAGCUGAAGGAUGCUAAAGCUGACUCCGAAGAGUCCGACCCGAAGAGUUCUUCAGCUAUUGUGUCAACCAACCCUCGGCCCGAGGAUUAUCUAACGGUUUUGGCGUUGCCCUUGCCUCACAGACCGCUUUUUCCUGGUUUCUAUAUGCCAAUUUAUGUCAAGGAUCCAAAAUUGCUAGCAGCUUUACAAGAAAGUCGAAGACGUCAAGCUCCUUACGCUGGAGCGUUCCUUCUUAAAGAUGAGCCAGGGGUUGAUUCUUCAGCUUCUGAAACAGAAAAAAGUGUAUAUGAUCUUAAAGGAAAAAAAUUGUUUAAUCGCCUUCAUGAAGUUGGUACACUUGCCCAGAUCACAAGCAUCCAAGGAGACCAGGUUUUCCUUAUUGGCCACAGGCGACUUCGGAUAACGGAGUUGGUUAGUGAGGACCCCCUGACUGUCAAAGUUGAUCAUCUAAAGGAUAAACCAUAUGAUAAGGAUGAUGAUAUUAUAAAGGCAACAUCAUUUGAGGUUAUAUCUACUCUAAGAGAUGUACUGAAGACAAGCUCCCUUUGGAGAGAUCAUGUUCAAACAUACACUCAGCACGUUGGUGAUUUUAGCUUUUCAAGGUUAGCAGAUUUUGGAGCUGCAAUAUCUGGUGGAAACAAGUUGCAAAUUCAGCAAGUACUUGAAGAGCUGGAUGUGUAUAAACGCUUGAUACUGACACUGGAGUUGGUGAAGAAAGAAAUGGAAAUCAGCAAAAUUCAGGAAUCCAUUGCAAAAGCAAUAGAAGAAAAGAUCAGUGGUGAGCAGCGCCGUUACUUGCUGAAUGAGCAACUUAAGGCCAUAAAGAAGGAGCUGGGAUUGGAGACAGAUGACAAAACGGCACUUUCGUCAAAGUUCAGGGAAAGGAUUGAACAAUACAAGGACAAAUGCCCACCUCAUGUUCUACAAGUUAUAGAAGAGGAGCUUACAAAACUGCAGCUCUUAGAGGCCAGUUCUAGUGAAUUCAAUGUAACUCGCAACUAUUUGGAUUGGUUGACGGCACUACCUUGGGGAAGCUACAGUGAUGAGAAUUUUGAUGUCGUUCGGGCACAAGAGAUUCUUGAUGAAGACCAUUAUGGAUUGUCUGAUGUGAAGGAAAGGAUAUUGGAAUUUAUUGCUGUUGGAAAGCUCAGGGGAACCUCCCAAGGAAAAAUCAUCUGUCUCUCUGGCCCUCCUGGAGUGGGCAAAACUAGCAUUGGUCGUUCAAUUGCACGUGCUUUAAACCGGAAAUUCUUUAGGUUUUCAGUUGGAGGUUUAGCUGAUGUUGCUGAAAUCAAGGGGCAUCGUCGAACCUAUAUUGGAGCUAUGCCUGGAAAGAUGGUGCAGUGCCUAAAAAUUGUGGGGACAGCUAAUCCUCUUGUUCUGAUUGAUGAAAUAGACAAGUUGGGAAGGGGACAUGCGGGUGAUCCAGCAAGCGCAUUGUUGGAGCUCCUUGAUCCAGAACAAAAUGCUAAUUUUCUGGACCACUAUCUUGAUGUUCCAAUUGACCUAUCAAAGGUUCUGUUUGUUUGCACAGCAAAUGUUGUGGAGAAUAUACCCAAUCCUCUCUUGGACAGAAUGGAAGUAAUUGCUGUUGCUGGGUAUAUCACUGAUGAGAAAGUGCACAUUGCCAGAGAUUAUUUGGAGAAGGCCACACGUGAAGCAUGUGGUAUUAAGCCUGAACAGGUUGAGGUGACUGAUGCAGCGCUUCUUGGCCUGAUUGAAAAUUACUGCCGAGAGGCUGGGGUUCGUAAUCUUCAAAAGCAAAUAGAAAAGAUUUACCGCAAGAUUGCUUUGCAACUUGUGCGGCGGCAAGCAUUAAAUGAAUUUGCCGUUGCUGGAGAGGUUGUGGAGCCUGAGAAUGCAAAGGCAGAAAGUGUUGAUGAAUCGAGUCAUAACCUAGCUGGAAGUGACAUGAAGGUUGAAUCCGAAACAGUGGAGAGUAGCAGUCAUGAGCAAACUGCUGAAACCCCUGUUAAGGCUGUGAAAGGACAGACGGAUAACAGAUGUCAGAGUGAUGUUAAUUUAAAGGGUAGAACAGAAUGGGAGAGGGUACAGGAUAAUGAAGCUCCUAAAGCGGUCGAGAAAGUAUUGGUUGAUGAAUUGAACUUAGCCGAUUAUGUUGGCAAACCUGUUUUUCAUGCUGAGCGCAUCUAUGAUCAAACUCCAGUUGGAGUUGUGAUGGGUCUUGCUUGGACUGCAAUGGGUGGUUCCACCUUGUAUAUAGAGACCACUCUAGUUGAGCAAGGAGAUGGAAAAGGGGCUUUGCAUGUUACUGGUCAACUUGGAGAUGUUAUGAAAGAAAGUGCACAAAUUGCUCACACAGUAGCAAGAUCAAUCUUGCUUGAGAAAGAACCAAAUAAUCCUUUCUUUGCCAAUUCCAAACUUCAUCUCCACGUUCCUGCAGGAGGCACUCCGAAGGAUGGGUCUAGUGCAGGUUGCACAAUGAUCACAUCUAUGUUGUCCCUCGGCAUGAAGAAAUUUGUCAGGAAGGAUUUAGCAAUGACUGGGGAAGUAACACUAACUGGGAAAAUCCUUCCAAUUGGUGGGGUUAAGGAGAAGACAAUAGCAGCAAGGAGGAGUGAUGUGAAGACAAUCAUCUUCCCUUCAGCCAACCGGAGGGAUUUUGAUGAACUUUCUCCAAAUGUGAAGGAAGGCCUAGAUGUGCACUUUGUGGAUGACUACAACCAGAUAUUCGAUUUGGCUUUCAGUGAUGAACAAAAUAAAGAAAAAUAAUCCCUUCUUCCCCACAAAUUCUGUAUAGAAACUCUGUUUUCUGGUUCUCCAGGUAUGGCAUCUUUUUUAAUUAUGCCAGGACCCAGAUUUUUAUUAUGAUUUAAAUGUUCUCACAAUGUAUAUAUCCAAGAUUUUGUUCAUCAUAGGGAUGCUAGACAUUCACAAUGAUUCAUUUUUUGGUCAUGUAAAGUUGAGAACAUCCAUUUGUAAUAACAGUAAUGUUAAUUCUUUAAAGCAAAAGUUUGGAAAAAAUUAUUGUCGUAUCAUUCAUCUUCA